AUGGAUGAUUUAACCAAGGCUUUGACAGAGUACUAUGAUCCGCGCACGGACCUUGUUCAUAAGCAACAAUUACAUGAGCAUUUGAAUCGUUUCUUAAUCGAUCAAAAUUCUUGGCAAAUAGCAUUAGCAGCGUUUCAACAACAGCAACAGAAUCAAACUCUUGUAAUGUCACCAUUGUUAAUCUAUUUUUUGCUUCAAGUACUAGAAUAUUCAAUUCGUCAUCGGUAUGGUGAUCAGCAACAAAUCCGUCAGAUACUCUUGUGGUUCUACGCUCAUCUAUUUCAAUCAAUACCCGCUUACGUUCGUUCAAAAUUAGCUUUUCUUAUUGUACAAAUAGCACGCUGUGAUCAACAAUGGUCGAUCGACGAAUACUUUCAAACUUGUUAUCACUUGAUCGAAACACAAAUACUCUCAGGUUUAGCACUUUUAACAACAACUGUCGAAGAACUUGGACAGUUCAAUGAAGAUUGUACAGUUAAACGAUGUCAGCAACUGAAAACUACGCUCAACCAACAUGUCGCACAUAUUAUACAAAUUAUUCAAAUAUUACUCAAGAAAGAUACCGAACAAUUGAAAAACAAUGCACUAACAAAUGAUUCUUCACUAAUCAAACAACAAACAUUAGUAUGUUUUGAUCGGCUGAUUAAUCGUCUUUCAAUUCUACCCUUUCCAAUUGAAUUCAUCGAUGAAUUGUUUCGGUUCGUAUCAUCGACUUGGUCUAUCGAUGCACUGAAUUGCAUUCAUGAAAUUAUUCUUAAGCAACACAUCCCUCGUCAGUACGAUUCGAUCCUACAUUCAACACUUCAUCAUGUUGUACAACUACUUGCGAUUGCCAACGAAAACUUUACAAUUGAUCUACAAGUUAAACUGAUAGAAAUCUUACGAACACUUUUCAAUCUUCAUUUAAAGCGCUGUGAAACAAUUGAACAUUUUCCGAUGUUCGAAUUACUUAAUGGUUUGUAUAAAUUCACUUUUCACCAAACGACACAGGAUGGAUUCUAUGCUUGUUUGGACAUUUGGUCGAUUUUUAUUGAAUAUAUCAAAACAAAAGAUGAAAGUCGAUUGAUGAGCAGAGACAACUCAUUUGAGAAGUAUGCACAAAUUUUACGUUCGCUAAGUCAAGAAUUACUCCAACGUGUUCAUCAUGGACAAAUGCAAGCGAAAAGUUUGGAAGAAACGACCGAUCUAAAUGAUUCUGAAACAGCUACAGAUCGAUAUAUACGAGAAUGCGUUGAUCUAUUAAGCAAACUAACCGACCUUCCAACUCUUCCUUCCAAUAUUUUACAUCUACUCAUAAGUCUCUUACAACCCGACAUUGAAAAAUAUAAAACUAUUCAAAAACUAGUUCAAACAUCAUCAACUGAUCCUCCCCGACAGCAGUUUCACCUGACUAACGAGUCCAUCCAUGCUUGUCGUGAAAUAUUGACCAGUCUAAAUCAUUUACUUCACGCGUUUUCACGCAUUGCUAACACAUGCUUAUUGGAUAACAAUAAUCAACAGCAGAGUUUCGUCCAAACUCGUGUCACACUUGUUCAUCAAUUUAUACAAUUAAUGAUUUACAUAAUUCAUGUUCGAUUCGAUCUAAUCGAAUGUUCCUCGAAAGAACUACACGAAGAAUUCAUUAAAGUUCAAACCCGAUCUUUUGAAUGCGUUACUAACACAACUCAAUGGCUCAGUCAAAUGUUAAUUCUACACAGUUCAAAUCAAGAUAACCGCCGAAUGAUUCAGGAAUUAAUCACACAUAUUAUCGAUGCUUGUGUACCGCUAAUCGAUGUGAAUAAUUCGGAUCGAUCUAUUGCUCAAUCAGCUGCUUCUCUUCUUUCAUCGCUCGUUCCUCUCACUCGUCAGCAGUUACCUAUUGAUCAAUUCGAUUCAAUUAAACUUCUCAUUCAUCGCAUUCUCACGUGGAAUGUUGCCGUGCAAAGCAAAACUAGUUUUCAACUUUAUAAAGUGUCAAUCAAAAUCAUUGCAUCGAUUAUUUUAACUGAUCAACAAUCGGCUGAGCAAUUUUUCCAUUCGAUUUUUCAACCGCUGGAUGCGAUCUUAAAAGAGCCGACUUCUCAACUAAUGCAACACUCCUUCCUUAACUACAUGCUGUUGCUGACAGAACUGAUCGAGUCCGUUCGCAUGGAAAAUAACAAAACUCGCCAGCACUUCUUUCAGUCAAUUCAAAGCUUAAUCAUCAAUUCCAAUCGAUUCCUUCCGUAUAUCAUCAAUCGUGAUCCAGAUUGUGAAACUGCGCUUGUUUCUUUGCUAUUGACCGUUUUUGAAGUAUUUCGAGUACAGAUGGGCGCAGAAUUACUUAAUACUAUCUUGCAAACAACAUUCGCUGCGUUCAACAUAGAAAAUGUUCGAACAGUUCUUCGCGAACCGAAACCUAAUGCUCAUGCCGCAAUUUCAAGAUUUCUGGAAUUUCUGGCACUACUUGUCAAUGAGCCAGGAAAUAGUAAACUAGCCCAACAAUUUCUCCCCACCAUUAUAGAACUAUGCACAUCGGCAUUGUAUCCAGCUAUUCGAGAAAAUUUUGCAUUGGACAUUCGAGAAAAUUACUACAAACUCGUUCAUAAUCUACUGAUCAACAAUUGGCGAUAUUUUUUCAAAGGUACUGUCUUGACAACAUUCAAUGGCGAGGCGGAAACAACAGCUAAUGAACAAAGUUUUAUCCAAUUGAUGGAGAGUAUCGCCUGGUCAUUUUCUCAAGCAGAUAUCGAACAAUUUCGUACAAAUCUGUCGUCUUGUAACGAACUGCAAUUGAAAUGCGGUCUCUAUACGAAAUCCAUAUUUCGUCAACAAAUGUCUCAAGCGCUACUUUCUCUUUUGCUUUCCGUGCUACUUGCUCGAUCGCAUGAACUAUGCCGUGAUGAUAUUAUAUCAACAUUGUUCUACAUCCUGACCACCGACAGCACCAACAAUAAUUUUGCACAUUUUAUACAGCAUUUUCUCAAUCAAACGCAUAACCAAAACAAUCUGAAUGAUAAACAUAAACGCUUCUAUAUAUUGCCACAAGAGACAAGUGUUUUACAGUUAUACAUAAUUGAUACAAAAAUGGCAUCACAUAACUAUCAUCAAGGACCAUCUGCUCCACCCAUGUAUCCUGAAGUUGGCAGUAAUACUCGUCCAAUACCACCCGUUCGGUUGGAAUAUCAACAGAGCGCACAAGACGAAAAUCUUCUACCACCUACACCACCAAUACGUAUGGAUGAUCCUUCAGCUCAUCGAACAAUCGAUACUAGAUUAAGAAGGAAUGAUCAGGAGAGCACUACUGGUGAUUUAAACGUUGAAACGACGUGUAACUACAACAGUUAUGCAACAAAGAAGACGAUUGCGAUCAUGUUGUUGCUAUUGGCUAUCGUCACAAGUAAUGCAAUGCAAUUGCGAACUUUGAUUUUACAAAAACAACAUGAUAGAAUUUGGAUUGCAUCGUUGGUGCUUGUUUCCAUGUCGAUUGUAAUUCAGCUUGGCUUGAGCUUUCUUUUAUACAUAUUGAUCAAAAGUGAUAUACGAAACGGAGCGAAAGAGACGAAAUUACGACGUUUGAAUGAUCUUUCAUUAAUUCUAGUGGUUCUUAUCGUGGUUAUGAAUGUGUUGAUUAAUAUAUUUAUGUUAACAACGAAUCCAAAGAGUUUUCUUGAUACACGAUCAUUGGAGAUUUUACAACAGGCUCAAACAUAA